AUGGAUCCGUACAACCAGCUGGGAAGCAUGUGCGGGAUGGAAAGGGGAUGGCUCAGAGACCAAGGAGCAUCCCCAUUUCACAACCAGCAGCUGGAAGCCCAGGACCAGCAGGAGGGGCGGCUGGAAGCCCAGGACCAGCAGGAAGGGCAGGUAGAAGCCCAGGACCAGCAGGAGGAGCAGCUGGAAGCCCAGGACCAGCAGGAGGGGCGGCUGGAAGCUCAGGACCAGCAGGAGGAGCAGCUGGAAGCCCAGGGCCAGCAGGAAGGGCAGGUGGAAGCCCAGGACCAGCAGGAGGAGCGGCUGGAAGCCCAGGACCAGCAGGAGGGGCAGGUGGAAGCCCAGGUCCAGCAGGAAGGGCAGGUGGAAGCCCAGGGCCAGCAGGAGGGGCAGGUGGAAGCCCAGGGCCAGCAGGAAGGGCAGCUGGAAGCCCAGGACCAGCAGGAAGGGCAGGUGGAAGCCCAGGACCAGCAGGAGGGGCAGGUGGAAGCCCAGGACCAGCAGGAGGAGCAGGUGGAAGCCCAGGACCAGCAGGAAGGGUGUCUGGAAGCCCAGGACCAGCAGGAAGGGCAGGUGGAAGCCCAGGACCAGCAGGAAGGGCAGCUGGAAGCCCAGGACCAGCAGGAAGGGCAGGUGGAAGCCCAGGACCAGCAGGAGGAGCGGCUGGAAGCCCAGGACCAGCAGGAGGAGCAGCUGGAAGCCCAGGACCAGCAGAAAGGGCAGGUGGAAGCCCAGGACCAGCAGGAGGGGCAGGUGGAAGCCCAGGUCCAGCAGGAAGGGCAGGUGGAAGCCCAGGGCCAGCAGGAAGGGCAGGUGGAAGCCCAGGACCAGCAGGAGGAGCAGCUGGAAGCCCAGGACCAGCAGGAGGAUUAGCUGGAAGCCCAGGACCAGCAGGAGGAGCGGCUGGAAGCCCAGGACCAGCAGGAAGGGCAGGUGGAAGCCCAGGACCAGCAGGAGGAGCGGCUGGAAGCCCAGGACCAGCAGGAAGGGUGGCUGGAAGCCCAGGACCAGCAGGAAGGGCAGGUAGAAGCCCAGGACCAGCAGGAGGAGCAGCUGGAAGCAGAAGGGACAGGGACACUGCGCAUCCCCAAGGCACAGGAGCAGCGACAUCCUGGUCCCCUCUGUGCCCACCGGGAUGCUCGAGAGCCCGGCCAGGAGCAGGAAAACCCAGCAGCUGCUCGGGGCAAGCAGAGGGAGACGCAGCCUGAGCCCAGGCCAGGCCAGCAGGGGAAUUUCUGUGUCUCGCAGCCCCAGAGGCACAGAGGGAAGUCCCGGAGCUGACCCAGGCAGCGGCUCCUCCCCGCCCCAGCAUCACCCACAGGCUGAGCUCCCGCCAGUCCCGUUUUUCAGGGAUAAACCCACCCGACAGUGGCAGUAAUUGCUGAGGAUGCGGUGGUUGGUUGGAGCCCGGGCAGCUCCUCCAAGUGCUGGGAAGAUCCUUACAGCCCCCUCAUUCUCGGUACCUUUCAUUAGCGCACGUUUUUAGCUUUAAAGCCUGCCCAGUGAGGCCCCGGGAGUUUAUCCAAGGAAAGGGCACGAUGCCAUCCAUAAGGAAAGGAUCCCAGAAUGUCCUGAAGGAUGGAGCCCGUCCCUCCCCACGCCUCCCGGCGGAGGGGGAACAUCCCCAGCCGCGAUUCUGCACGUUCAGGGGAGGCAAAAAGCGAAGUGCUGCUGGAAAUAACCCCUCGACUUCAGGCAGAGCUCGUUCUGCCGGCUCCCCGCGGCUUCUCCGUUACGAGGCACCACAGAAAGCAGUUUCCAGCCAGCAGAUAU